AUGGAAAAAAUAGAAUCAGGAUCACAAAUUUUUUAUCCUUAUAAAUCAAUUGGAUAUGUAAGCUCUGGUGUACCAUUCCAACUUAGAGCCGAAAACCUUCAUUAUUCAAUUAUGUUGGCAAUUGGCAAUUCAUUUCAAUUAUUAAAUUCAAUUAAAUUACACCCAAGAUUAAUAUCAAAUUCGCAAGAAGGCAAAAUUAGAAGUAUGGGUUUUUAUAAAAAAGAAUAUUGUUUAACAAAUAAUAAAAAAGAAAUAAAUUUAUGGAAAGGACCAAAUUUAGAAUUUAAAUUUAAAGGACAUUCAUCAACAGUCACAAAGAUCAUGGUUUUAGAUAAUAUAUUAUUUUCAUUAACAAAAAAUAAUGAAUUUUUCAUGUGGGAUAUAAACAGUCGUUUAAUUUUUGAAGAACAAUUACCACAGUUUGAUGCAUCAACACACAGAAUCACAUCAUUUAUUCAUCCAACAGGUUAUUUUAACAAAAUUUUAAUUGGUUUCGAAUCAGGAGAAUUACAACUUUGGAAUAUUAAAACAAAAAAGAAAAUUUAUACUUUUAAAGCAUUUGGUAUUCAAGAGUCAAUUACAACCAUCGAACAAUCACCAGUUUUAGACGUUGUAGCAAUUGGUUUUAAUGAUGGCACCAUUAUAAUUCACAAUAUAAAGUUAGAUAAAUCAUUAGUUAAAUAUCAACAAAAAGGUCGUGUAAAUUCAAUUUCAUUUAGAACUGACGGUCUUAAACAACAUAUUGCAUCUAGUGGUCCAGCUGGUGAUAUUUUAGUAUGGGAUUUAGAAAAGAAUAAACAAUUUCAUCAUAUGGUUUUAGCUCAUGGCUCAGAAUGCUCAAAAGUUCAAUUCCUUCGUGAAGAGCCAAUUCUUGUUUCGACUGGUUUUGAUAAUUCAAUUAAAAUGUGGAACUUUAAUGGUGUAGAUGGUUUACCUGUACUUUUAAGAGAGCGUGCCGGUCAUUUAGAUCCACCAAAGGCCACCGAAUUCUUUGGCGAUGAUGAAAAUUCAAUUGUUUCAAUGUCAAAUCAAUCAAUACGUUAUAUUUCUUUAGCUGCCUCAACUAUUAAUCACGAAAUGUCAAAAAAGAAAAUGAAAAAUGAAAUGAAAUCAUUCAAGGGCUUCUCAUCAAAUUUCCGUAGAAAUCGUAGUUGGGAAACUGCUGUAUCUAUCCAUAAUGACUCAAAAAUUGCUUUCUCUUGGGAUUGCAGCGAGCUAUCUGUUAAAAAACAAUUUAAUAUUAAAUCACCAAUUUCCUUUACUAAAAUCUCAUCAUGCGGUAAUUUCGCAUUCUUUGGUACUGUUUUUGGUAACAUUUACAAAUUUAACAUUCAAUCUGGUAUCAAAAGAGCAAAAGCCAUCAGCCCACAAAAAACAGCAAUUACCUCAAUUCUCGUUGAACCAACAAAUCAAUAUAUUAUUACAAGUGGUUUAGAUUCAUGUAUAAACUAUUGGGAUUUUAAAACUUUAUCAUUAUUACACACAAUAGAUAUAAAUGACAUUAGAAUUAGAAUUACAAAAAUGAAUUUACAUCAAGAUUCAGGUAUUUUUUCAGUUUGUUCAGACGAUCGUUAUGUACGUUUAUUUGAUAUUGAAACAAGAAAUAUGGUUAGAAAAUUCAAAAUCAAUGGAAAAAUUAUUGAUGCUAUUUUUAAUCACGAUGGUCGUUGGGUUAUAGUUUGUACAGAUAAUGAUUCAUUAAUUCGUAUUUUCGAUAUUCCAUCAGGCAAGAUGAUUGAUUGGUUCAAGAUGCCAAAACCAAUUACAAGCAUCAGUUUUUCACCAAAAGGCGAAUAUUUAAUAACAACUCAUACCGGUCAGCUUCCAAUCUAUUUAUGGAGUAAUCAAUUCCAUUUUGGUUCAGUUUUCCUCAAAGAGCCACCAACCCAACCACGUAUUAUUAAUUUACCAUCACAAGUAGUUGAAAUUACUCAAAAUAUUUCCGACGAUAGUGAUUCAAAUGAAGAAGACGGAAAAUCUAAAAUUAAACAAAUCGAUAGUUUAAUUACAUUAUCACAAGAUAUUGCCAAAAGCAAAUGGCAAACCCUUUUAAAUUUAGAUAUUAUUAAAGAAAGAAAUAGACCAAUUCAACAAAAGGCGAAACCAGAAUUAGCACCAUUCUUUUUAUCCACCAUCGAAGGUUUAGAACCAAAAUUCGUCAAGGCAGAUAUUGUUAAUCCACUCACCCCACAAGUUAAAGAAAAUGGUACCAGAACUAAAUUUAAUUUAUCUUUAGAACAAGGUUAUAAAAAUCAAGAUUAUUCAUCAAGUUUAUCAAUAUUAAAAUCAUUAGCACCUUCUGGUAUCGAUUUUGAAAUUAGAACAUUAACCUCCACCGAUGAUUAUGCUGAUAUCCAUUAUAUGUUCGAUUUCAUAGUCUAUCAAUUAUUAUCAAAUAAUGACUAUGAUUUCAUUCAAUCUAUACUUAGCGUUACCCUUAAAGUUCAUGGUUAUUUACUUUAUACUCCAGAUUUCAAAAGAGAUUUAAGACAAUUAUUAUUAGCUUUCAAUACUCCUUGGUCAAAAAUUCAAGAGUUAUUCCAUUCAAAUAUUUGUAUGUUAAGAUAUUUUACAAAUACUUUAAAUAAUUAA